UCAAUGUGCAGUGCUAUAUUUGGGCCGUACCAGGAAGUGAGGCUGUGCACAUGUGUGCAGUUCAUUAACUGCAUGCUCCUCCAUAAUUCAUACAACUUAAUACAAGAAAACAACAUGAUGAAAAGGUAGCAGGAAAAGAAAUAUAUUACAAGUGGAAAAGUUCUGCUUCGGCAUGUCUACCUGGAAAGUCAGAGUCCUGAUGGCACUGUGCUUCUUGAGGCAGACUAGAGGUCAUGUUCAACUUCCUCCUCCUCAAAAUGUUACAUUACUGUCAAAGGAUUUUGACAUGAUUUUGACAUGGACUCCAGGAGAAGGCUCUCCACCAGAUGUGACAUACACUGUGAGGUAUGAAAGCCAGGAACGCAUGGACAAAUGGAUAAAGGUUCCUCAUUGCAAAAAUAUUCGCAGUACCUCUUGCAAUCUGACUUGUGUGCUUCCAAACUUCUUUGUUAAAGUCCGGGCUCGAGUAAAAGCUGUUUCUGGACGAUUCCAGUCACCAUGGGUAGAAUCACAGUUCAAGGAAUACUAUUUGGAUGUGGAACUGGCUCCCCCAGUGCUAAAUGUGAAUGUAAAGAAGAACUUAAUCCAUGUGAAUGCCUCCUUUCCUUUGGCCACCUGUGUGGAGAGUUUCUCUUGGAUGUAUGACUUGAACCUUUGGGAAGCUGGAUCUGAAGACAAGAAGCAAUACGAAGGUAUCUUUAGGAAGAAUACAGUGACUAUCGACACCACUGCACUUAGAGGCAACUACUGUUUAAGUGCCAGAUCUUCCUUCCAAAGCAUUGACUUCAAGCGCAGCAAAUUCUCCCAACCAGUAUGUGUGCUAUUAAACCACAAAGCAGUGGAAUGGAAGUUCCCAUUUUCUGCCAUGAUCUCUGUGUUUGUGCUCCCCAUCCUUCUGACAAGUGCCUUCAUCAUCUGCUUGCUGAAACAAGAUGCUAAGCGAAAGAAGAUGCCUCAUGCUUUGGAUUUAUCUCAUUUAAAAGCUGCUGGACCAGCCUUUCACUGUGAGCCCAGUGAAAAGGAAUUCUUCAGGGACACUCUUAUCUGCACAGAGAAGCCAAAGUCACAAAGGAAGACAAACAAAACUUUAGCAAGAAACAACCUACCAUGGAUGGCUUCUUUCCUCUCAUCAUCAUCAUCAGAAGAGGAGGAAGAGGAAGAGGACAGCAGUACUUUCAUCCCAUACACUGAAAUGGCUCAGUUUCCAAAGAGACAUCUCAUCUGUCAACCAUCCAGAACAGCUCAGGAGGAAACUAGUUUGGACUCCGGAUCUGGAGGUCUCUCUGUGGAUAGUGAAUCUGUGCUUGACCUAAGUACCUUGGGUUUUUCAUUCUUUCCAAUAAGAAAGAAAGAGGUGGACACCUCAGGAUCCCAAGGAAAGGAGAAGGCAUCCCUUUCUCACAGUUCCUCUUUGGGAAGAAUAUCCCUCACUGAUGUGAGAUUCCCAAGUCCCAGGGAACAUGGACAGCAUGAUACAGACAGGGAUGAAUGCCUGGAAAUGAUCCCGCUUCAAACACUGAUGGAGGGGAUUUGUGCCAAACUUCCAGUCGAUGAGCACUACCUGCAUAGGAAGGCUCAUCAUUUCACCAAGUAUUACCAGAAACCAACAGUUGAUCUGCAUGACCAGAUCGGUGAGAUAUCACAGCUCAGUGAGGAUCCCAGCACCGAGCUGCUCAUUUCCUUUCAGACGUUACAAGUGGCAGAAGAUGAAGGUAUUGCAAGUGACUGUGACAGCGAUAAUUUUACAGAAGGGACACCUCCUGCAUCCACGGUGCUAAGUGACGCAUUUGAAACUUCAAAUAUGGAGGAAAAAUAUGAUCAAAAGUUUAAAUUCAAAGGCUACGAGCACACACAUUACAUGGGAAGGAGCUAGAGUACCCUACCAGUUCUGUGGCGUGCCUGGAAAAUGCUAGAGAGCUCCAGAUAUCCAGGCAAGGAUACCUAAACAAGA